AUGUCAUUCUGUUUGGCUAAUGACAACGCAAACCUUGUAGGGCGCAAUCAGGGCAACGCUAACGUUUGUAACAAUGUAAACCUUGUAGGACGCAAUCAGGGCAACGCUAACGUUUAUAACAACGCAAACCUUGUAGGACGCAAUCAGGGCAACGCUAGCGUUUAUAACAACGUAAACCUUGUGGGACGCAAUCAGGGCAACGCUAACGUUUAUAACAACGCAAACCUUGUAGGACGCAAUCAGGGCAACGCUAACGUUUAUAACAACGCAAACCUUGUAGGACGCAAUCAGGGCAACGCUAACGUUUGUAACAAUGUAAACCUUGUAGGACGCAAUCAGGGCAACGCUAACGUUUAUAACAACGCAAACCUUGUAGGACGCAAUCAGGACAACGCUAGCGUUUAUAACAACGUAAACCUUGUGGGACGCAAUCAGGGCAACGCUAACGUUUAUAACAACGCAAACCUUGUAGGACGCAAUCAGGGCAACGCUAACGUUUAUAACAACGCAAACCUUGUAGGACGCAAUCAGGGCAACGCUAACGUUUGUAACAAUGUAAACCUUGUAGGACGCAAUCAGGGCAACGCUAACGUUUAUAACAACGCAAACCUUGUAGGACGCAAUCAGGACAACGCUAACGUUUGUAACAACGUAAACCUUGUAGGACGCAAUCAGGGCAACGCUAACGUUUGUAACACAAAUCUUGUAGGGUGCAAUCAGGGCAACGCUAGCGUUUAUAACAACGCAAACCUUGUAGGACGCAAUCAGGACAACGCUAACGUUUUUAACAACGUAAACCUUGUAGGACGCAAUCAGGGCAACGCUAACGUUUGUAACACAAACCUUGUAGCGCGCAAUCAGGGCAACGCUAACGUUUAUAACAACGCAAACCUUGUAGGACGCAAUCAGGGCAACGCAAACGUUUGUAACAACGAAAACCUUGUAUGA